AUGCAUUCACCAUCAACAUUACUCCUCCGCUCCCUCCGAAGCGUUAUUUCAAAGAGCAUUUCUCCCUCAUCUCAGCUGUCGUACGCCUCCCUCCAACCGAGAAUAUCUCGAUGUCUUCUCAAACCCACACCCGCCAGCCUCCGCACUUACACCAGUGACAAAAGCAAUCCUAACCCCAACAUCCGCGCCCAACCCCGUCCACGCGGUACAACACUAUCAUCAGCAGACCCGAAGCCCAAAUCAAACUACCGCGGUCCACCACCUGAAGGAACAGAUGCACAGCACAUGACGGAUCUUAACUCACUGAACAUCCUAUCAGGUGCAGCUGUACCUGCAACGGCCAUUGACGCAUGCCAUCAUGAUGGAUUUCAAUUGAAUAAUGGCGUGCGAAUUGCGGAUGGGAAUGGGUGUUUACUGAUUGAUGGGGAGGUGUUUGUUUGGAAACCGUGGGAGGCUGCGCCUGGCAAGGAGAGGAGCUUUGUUAAUGAGAAGGGACAGUGGGAGGUGCCGGAGGCUGCUUGGGGUGCUCUACGUCUUUUAUGGCCUAAACCCGAUCUGCUGAUUCUGGGGCUGGGUCCCACGAUGCGCCCCAUCUCGCCCGAGACUAGGAGGCAUAUCAAUAAAUUGGGCAUAAGGGUUGAGGUUCAGGACACUAGGAAUGCAGCUGCGCAGUUCAAUCUGCUGGCAACAGAGAGAGGCGUUCAAGAAGUUGCAGCCGCCUUGCUACCUAUUGGGUAG